UAGUUAGCGAUCAGCCCAUGGAGUAUGAAGCCAAAUAUGGCCACUUGCAUGCAUGUGGUAAAAAAAACCUAAUCUCUGCUACCAUGCUGGCAUUAGGGAUAGUGGGGUAACAAAUGCCCCAUCCCCAAGACCCAUUCACUCACCACUGCAAUAAAAAAAAAAUGUGUUUUUGCCUACCCUGUGCUAUAUUGUGUAUUCCUAACCUUCAUGGACAGUAUGUGCAAUUUACAUGUAUGUACAACAACAUCUAUUGGAUAUCUUUACUAAGGGGGGGGUGAUGGCAUGUAUGAAAGUUACUUGGUUUGGAGUUUAUGGGGUAAUAAGGUGGAGAAAAUCUAUUAAUUAAUUUAACUUGCAAAAACAUUUCAUAUGUUUCCAUAGUGUAAACAGUGUUUCGGGCUGUCAUCUAAAUGUAACUAAGCAAAACUGGCCUGGCCCCUGGAGGGAAAAACCUGCCUAGCCCUAACACUUAAAAGGAUAAAUUAAAAAAAAGACAUACACAUAAUUGCAAAUAUAAGAAAAUUAGUCCUUUCAUAUAAUGCUAAUAGUUACAUUUAUGUAUUUUUAAUACUUAAUGUAUUAUAAAAACAGGAUGUGCUACUUUUAUUAUGAAAGACCAUAUUACAUAUAAAAAGGUUUGGCUUUUAAAAAAUAUUUCUGAAUAUUGCAGUUCCACAUUUACACCUCUGAGCGCCGCUGUUUACCAGCAUGGUAAAGAAUAAGGAACUAGAAAUCCACUAUCAUUUCCAUUAUUAGCACACACUGAAGGUCUGUAGCAAGAAUAACAGCCAUUUUUGAAUCUCUCACAAACAGAAACAAUACAUGUCCUAUGUUCAUCUGUAUUCUUGUAAAUAAGAAAACCUGUAUUAUAUAUUUUCUUACCAACUGGAUUACAAAAUAUCAAGAAGUUGAACAUUGUCAGUGCUGGGAAUGGCUAAAAUGAAAACCCAGGAUUUACUGAACUAUCAAGGAAUCUGGUGGCAAGUAGUAUUAUUCUUAUUUUUGUGGCUUUGUCAUUUAGUAUCUGGUCAGCUUCUUUAUUCCAUUGAUGAAGAAAUGAAAAAAGACUCUGUCAUAUCAAAUAUUGCAAAUGAUCUUGGAUUGGAUAUUAAACAGCUUUUAUUCAGAAAAUUUCGUAUUGCAUCACGUGUUUCAGAGAAAUAUUUUUAUAUCAACUUAGAAAAUGGAAAUUUAUAUGUUAAGGACAGGAUAGAUAGAGAGACAUUGUGUGGGGCUGAAACUGCCUGCUUCUUAACGUUUGAUGCAGUAGUUGAAAAUCCCUUACAUAUUUUUACAGUAAACAUAGAAAUUAAGGAUAUAAAUGACAAUACCCCAGUAUUUGUCCAUGAUACAUUGUAUUUGGAAAUUAUAGAAACUAUUUUACCAGGAGCACGGUUUGUUUUACAAACUGCAGAAGAUCCAGAUAUUGGUACUAAUUCUGUACAAACCUAUAAGCUCAGUGAUAAUCAGCAUUUUACAAUAAAUGUAAAGACAAGCACGGAUGGCAGUAAAUUACCAGAACUUGUUUUAGAGAAACCUUUGGACCGGGAGAUACAACAUAUUCAUGAAUUAACUCUAACAGCAGUAGAUGGAGGACAGCCUAUUAGAUCUAGCACUGUACUGAUUAAAAUUAUUGUUUCUGAUGUCAAUGAUAAUUUACCUAUAUUUACACAAGAAGUCUAUAAAGUGAGCAUAAGUGAAAACACUCCAAUCAACUUUACAGUCAUUCAUGUAACAGCAACAGAUCAAGAUGAAGGAUCCAAUGCACAAAUUACAUAUUCUUUUACAAAAAAAACUGGAAAUGUUCCUUAUACCAGUAUUUUUACCAUAAAUGCCACAAAUGGAGAAAUUAAAACAAAUAAAAAAUUGGAUUUUGAAGUAGCAAGAUAUUAUGAAAUGUCAAUACAAGCAAAAGAUGGAGGAGGUCUUGUGGCUCAGUCUAAGGUGUUAGUAGAAAUAACAGAUGAGAAUGAUAAUGCACCUGAGAUAUCCAUUUCCUCGUUAUCAACUCCAGUUCCUGAGGAUUCGGUAUCAGGCACAUUGAUCGCACUGAUUAAGCUCCACGAUCAAGAUUCAGGGGAAAAUGGAGAUGUGGACUGUCAAAUACUCGACGAAACACCAUUUCAGUUAAUAUUGUCAUCUAGUAGAUAUUACAGAAUUGUUACAACAAGUGCUUUGGACAGGGAGAAAAUAUCAAGUUAUAACAUCACAAUCCUAGCUACUGACAGAGGAUCUCCUCAGCUUUCAAGUGCAAAAAUGAUCAGCUUAGAGAUAUUGGAUGUUAAUGACAAUCCACCAGUAUAUGAGAAAUCAACUUACCAUGCUUAUAUAUUGGAAAACAACCGACCAGGAGCCUCCGUUUAUGGUCUACAUGCUUCUGAUAAUGAUAGUGUGGAUAAUGCAAACAUUAUUUAUUCUAUUACAAGUUCCAAUACAGAAGAUUUCCCAGUGUCCUCUUAUCUUUCCAUUAAUAUAGAAACUGGAGUUCUGUAUGCUCAGCGAUCAUUUGAUUAUGAGCAACACAAGGAGUUUGUAAUUCAAGUAACAGCCAAAGAUAGUGGAUCCCCAUCUCUGAGUAGUAAUGCGACAUUAAUAAUUCAUAUAGUGGAUCAGAAUGAUAACGCACCAAUGAUACUGUACCCAUCAACAGAAAGUGGUGGAUCAACUUUGUUUGAGAUGAUCCCUUUGGCCUCAGAAAAAGGUUCUUUAAUCACCAAGGUGGUUGCGGUGGAUACUGAUUCAGGACAUAAUUCCUGGCUGUCCUUUUAUUUUUUGCAUGUAUCAGAACCAUCUCUAUUUAGCCUUAAUCAGCAUACUGGGGAAAUUAGGACAACACGUAUGCUUGAAGAGAAAGAUGCUUUGAAGCAUAAGGUAGUGAUUGUGGUAAAGGACAAUGGAGAUCCCUCACUUUCUGCAACAGCUACCUUAAAUUUAAUUGUUGCAGAUCAUUUUCAGCAGGUGGACCCCAAUCACAGUAAUAAACACCAUGACGAAGAGUUGUCUUCCGAUUUACAAAUGUAUUUAGUGAUUGCUCUGGCAUUGAUUUCCUUCUUGUUUAUUAUAAGUGUUAUGUUGGUUAUCAUAUCAAAGUGUAGAGAAUUGAGAUCACCUCCUUCAUUUGGAUCUCUUAGUACAAAUUUGUAUUCUCAAGUUAAUCCCAGGAUGCAUUCUCUAUAUAACAAUGGGACUUUGCCCUUGCCAUACUCAUAUAAUGUUUGUGUGGCUUUGGAUUCAACAGAAAGUGACUUUACUUUCAUAAAACCAAGCCAAGAUAUCCCUAUAGACAAUCUUAUUGAUGCUGAUGAUUCAGGACUUGGAAAUGAAAAUUUAAAAGAAGCAUUACCUCCUAGCAGUCUUGUGCAGCAGGCACAACCUAACACAGACUGGCGCUUUUCACAGGCUCAGAGGCCGGGACCCAGUGGAGCUCAACCCACAGAAGAAGCCGGAGUGUGGCCAAACAACCAGUUUGAAACGGAGAGACUUCAAGCAAUGAUCUUGGCAUCGGCAAACGAAGCAGCGGAAGGAAGCUCUGCGCUUGGUGGAGGAACAGGAACCAUGGGACUUAGCGCACGGUAUGGACCACAGUUCACCCUGCAGCACGUACCGGACUACAGACAGAACAUCUACAUUCCGGGAACGACAUCGACGCUCACUAAUGCUGCUGGGAAACGUGACGGUAAAGCCGCUGCACCUUCAGGAGGCAACAAGAAGAAAUCUGGGAAAAAAGAUAAAAAGUAGCUUGGAAAACCAAUGAGAGAAUUCAGCCCUGUUGAUGAAAAUGAAAGCGUUCCAGCCCGACCCAAACUCCCAGAGAUAUGCAUGAAUGCCACUUGUAAAAUCAGAAAUGACCAUAAUAUGAGAAUAGCGAGAGAGAAUGUAGCAGAAUAUCAUGCCGCUGAAGUUGUAUCUUAAACUGGAUGCCUAUUCUCACCCAACAUAUGCAUUGGCAACAUUUGCAAGGUCCUUACUCAGCCCAUACUAUAUACUCUUAACAAUAACUUUUUCACAUCUAUAGUGAGAGAACUACUUCCCGUGAAUAUAUUUAUCCCAGAACAGUUAUUAUAAAUACAAAUGCAUAAGUGAAUUUGUGAAAUAUUGCUGGCUUGAGGACAAUGUAUUCCUGUGUGGAUUUUGUAUACAUAUUUGUUACGCUUAGGAAUAAGUUAGAACGCUAUAUAUAUUUUCUAAAAGUUGUUUAAAAACCUUUCUGCAAAAGCACCACAGGGCAUUGCAGUUAUCUUAUGGUUAGUUCACAAGAAAAUGAAAAUCUAAAAUAAAUUUGUUUAACCCCUUAAGGAGAAUGGGCGGUCCCUAAACCCAUUGAAAACAAUGCAUUUUGAGCCCGUACAUGUACGGGCUUUGUCAUUAAGAGGUUAAUUCUGACUUUCCUGUCUCACAAAACGCUAACGAGCCUUGUGCAGUGCCAUCCUUUUUCGAUGUUUCGAUGUUUCUCUAAAAAUAUCAGAAAUGUUUCGGAAAACUCGGUUAACAAAGUUGAUCAUUUUAGAGCUGUCUCUUUGGGCUGUGAAAAAAAUAUUGCAAGCUGCUAUGUAGAGGAAUUGCUAUUGGGGUAAUAUGUUUCUCUCUGCUCUUAAAGAGUAACUAUAAAAGUAAUUUAAAUUUCUGCACAUAGAAUUGCAUGUCUGAUGUAAGCUUAAUAUAAACGUGUUCCCUGGGGUCUAGAUUAUCUUUUUUAUUUUUUACUUUUGCAUGUACGUAUCCAGCAUGGGGAAACAUUCUUUAUAUAGAAUGUUCAAUAAUUACGCCUAUUUAAUGCAGGUCAGUUAUUUAGGACUGUGAGGGUAAUUUAACUAUUCUAUAAGGGAUUGGGUAUAAUUGUAAUUAUCAAUCAACCAGGUCAAUUGAAUAUGGAUACCGAAUUAUCUUAUGAUGUACUAGUGCCCAUUGUCAUAUAAUUUUAAAUUAUUCUUACUGGACUAGUAUGAUGUACUAUGUGGCUACAGGACUACUAAAGAUUGAGACUCAAUACUUACCGAAGAAUGUAGACAAAGAUUUGUGUUUUGAUUAAAAUUUGUAUUGCUUAGCCCUUCCAAAUUGCAAAUCUAUAUUUCCAUAUUUAGUAAAAAAAAAAAAAAAACAACCCACAAGAAAAUAUGAAUUGUGGUCAUUUAUCGAGUUCACAAACAAGUUUAGGGAAAUAUAUGAACAUUGUGAAAAUGUCAAAAAAAAGGGCAAACUGUUAUGUAAAUGUAUAAAUUCAAAUAUUUUAGAUAAUUGCUUUUUACAGAUGUUCCUUUAAAAAGCAAUCACAUUUUUACCUUUUGUUUAUUUGUACUUUAAUUAUUGACUUUUUUUUAUUAUUAUAGUGUUGUAAGGUAGCUGCUAAGAGUACAUAGCCAGCACACAUUAAUCAUUAAGUGAAAAAAAAAUAAAAAAAAUCUCACAUAUACAGCUUUUUUGCAUUCAGUAUUUGGUUCUUGAUAUAACGUACAAACUUACCAGAAAACAAAGCCGUUUGGCUGCAUUCAGAAUAACCUCAAGUACAGUAAUUCAUUGAUUGCUAUUAUGGCUUGUUUUUUUUUCAAGGUCUAACAUAACAUAAUCCUUUCUGAUACCUCCAGCAUUAAGAGGUCCGUUUAUUAGUUCACUGGGUAGAACGUAAAACGCUACAGCUUGUCGCAAUUUAAUACAUUGUUAACCCCUUAAGGACAAUGGGCGGUCCCUAAACCCAUUUUGAGCCCGUACAUGUACGGGCUUUGUCAUUAAGGGGUUAAAUCUAUGCUUUCUAUGCCAAUAGUGUCCAUUGUACAAUUUCAGAUGGAUACAUUGGGAAUAUACUUCCCCCCUUACCAAAGGAAAUACUAACAAUAACAUUUUAUGCAGCUACAAAUACUAUUAACGAAUGCCGUUUAGUGAGUAAUUUAGGAGUAGGAUACAUUUUGAUUUUAACCUCAUUGUAGAAUAGCUUGCAGUAUAUAAUAGUAAUGUGAUCCUAUCAUCUAACUUGUUGGCAGCAGUAUUUGAAUUCCUCUUGUAUCUGUGUGGUUUGUGAUAUAAAUGUACAUGAAAUUAAAUGCACCUGUCCUUCCAAUGUGUCUUAAUUACUGAUCUGUACUUACACUCUUCUAAUAUCCAUGUAGACUAAUGUCAAAGUACUAUACGCAAGUUUUAUACUUUGGUAUUUAUAUCUUUUUCUUUCUUUGGAAAAAAAAAUAAUAAAAUGUUUUCUUCCAAAAAA